AGCAUCUCUAUUUUCUUCUUUUUCUAUGUCGGCUAUGGUUGGUUCUCUCUCAACCAAGGACGUUAAGUUCAAUCCUCGAGAUGAAGAGAUCGAUAGGACGAUGAACGAACGAGAAGGAGAAGAAGAGAUCGUCGAGGAAGACGAAGAUGACAAACUUAAGCCAGAGAGAGAAAUGGAUCUCGGUCCUCAAUUCUCUCUCAAGGAACAACUCGAGAAAGAUAAGGAUGAUGAAAGCUUGAGGAAAUGGAAGGAACAAUUGUUGGGUAGUGUUGAUCUCUCUGCCAUUGGAGAAAGCAAAGAAGCAGAAGUGAAGGUGCUGAGGCUAACAAUCAAAUGUGCAGGGCGGCCAGAUCUUGUGCUGCCAUUGCCAUUUACCAAAACCUCCAAGAGCAGCAGCCUCUUUGCCCUCAAGGAAGGCUCCCGGUACCGUCUCCGGUUCAGUUUCACCGUCACCGAGAACAUUGUUUCGGGUCUUAAGUACACGAACACCGUCUGGAAGACCGGUGUAAGAGUGGAUCAUACCAAGAAAAUGCUGGGAACUUUCAGUCCCCAAAAAGAACCUUAUGUUAUUGAAAUGGAGGAAGAAACUACGCCCUCUGGCAUGCUUGCCAGAGGGUCGUACUCCGCCAGAACAAAGUUUGUGGAUGAUGAUGGAAAAUGCUAUUUGGAUGUGAGUUACCACUUUGAAAUCCAAAAGAAGUGGCCAACACCCUCCUCUUGAGAUUAUAUUAUUGUGUUCUUCAAAUUGGUUGGUUUUGAUAGUGCUCUUCUCAUCUGAUUAUUCUCUUACUUUUUGCUCAAAAUGGGAUUGUGAUUUGUGUAUCAGUUCUUCAUUCAAAAUAUACAAUUCUUGUCCUAAUAUAUUUGUGUUACUAUAUA